AUGGGUGCGAUUAGAUCAGCAGCAACCGAUGUUUCAAAAACAAUCUAUGAUUUCAAAGCCUUCGACGCUAAUUAUAACGAAAUAUCGCUUGAUAAAUACAGGGGUAAAGUGGUUUUGAUAGUGAACGUAGCAUCGGAAUGUGGUCUUACAAAUACGAAUUACAAUCAACUGAAACAACUUUAUGACAAAUAUUCGAGCCGUGGCCUGGCAAUAGCUGCUUUUCCAUGCAAUCAAUUCGGUGGUCAGCCCGACCUUUAUGCGAAAGUUGAUGUGAACGGGCCCACUGAGCACCCGUUGUACGCAUUUUUGAAAGAGCAGCAAGGUGGCACGCUGGGCGAUGAUAUAAAAUGGAAUUUUACGAAAUUCCUUGUGGACAGAAAUGGCCAAGUGGUUUUUCAAGUAUUUCUCGAGUAUGCUUUUGCAGCAACGCUGCUGUUAUUUUAA